AUGAUGUACUUUCAUAAUAUAAUUUAUUUGUGUUUGCUUUUAUGCACUGGAGGUUUAUGCAAAAAGGAGAGAAUUGUCGGAGGAUUAGAAACUUCAAUAACUUCUUAUCCGCACGUUGUAUCCAUUCGUAACUAUACUACUAAUAGUUUUAUUUGCGCAGGUUCUAUUAUUAGUCAAUGGAAUAUUCUCACUGCAGCUCACUGUUUAUUUUUAUUGCAAAAUUAUAAUGAUGUAAGGAUAUAUUCAGGUACAUCUAGUUCAAGCAGUAUUAAUGCAAUACAUCAUGGAGUUGAUUACGUAGUCUUUCAUCCUGAUUUCGCAUUCAACCCUGAACAGAAUUUAUUCCUACAUAAUAUUGCAAUUAUUAAGGUCAGAUCACGUAUAUUUUUGUCCGUAACCCAAGCGAUAAUUGCUCUGCCAACCGCAGUACCUUUCAGCGAAACGGUCAGUUAUAUCGUUGGGUGGGGAGAGGUGGAUACUGCAGAUAGUGCAAUUAUUAAACCAAUCUUGACUAUGAGUACCGCAAUUUUCAUAAAUAGCCAAGAUUGUGGAACCUACUAUCAGAUUUUAGUUUAUGAUUCUCAAAUUUGUACAGUAAGCCUGCCUGGAGUAGGUGUUUACGCUGGUGACGCAGGUGGCUCAGUUACUCGACGUGGAGAACUUCAGGGUAUUAUUUCAUAUACCUUCAAUCGUCUUCCAAGAAUGCCAACUAUACAUACCAAAGUGUUUUAUUAUUUGAAUUUUAUAAGACACCACAUGAUCGUAUAAUUUGAACAGAAUUGUUUUUAUAUUUAUUA